CAUGGCAGGACGCGCGAUCACGUUUGUCUUUAGUUUGCUGGCGUUUUUUCCAAACGCUCUAACAGCAGUGGUCCAAACACAGCAGACUGUGCUGGCAGCAGUGGGAGAAGAUGCUGAAUUCAGCUGUCAGCUCUUGAAGACUAAAGACGUCCUUCAGGUCACAUGGCAGAAAAUCUCUCCUGAUGUGGAGACAAAUGUCGCCACCUACAGCAAGUACUAUGGUCAGAGAGUGAAUGAUGGCUUUACAGAUAAAGUUGGGUUUAUAUACACUGGACUACAGAACUGCUCCAUAGUCAUCAGGAAUGUGACAUAUGAGGAUGAAGCCUUCUAUCACUGUCUGUUUAACACUUAUCCUGAAGGCUCUCUGACAGGGAAACCCUACCUCCGAGUUUAUAAGCUGCAUGAACCUGUUGUUGAUGUCAGAGAGUCAAACUCUACUGAAGAGUGGGUUGUUUCCUGUUCAGCCACUGGUCGACCUGCUCCCACUGUAACACUCAGUGUCUCACAACAAGACCUCAGCUUCUCACAGUACAACACUGUCAGUGUGUCCAACACCAACGCUACAUUCACUGUCACCACUACAGCUGUGCUCUCAGGUUCACGUAGCAACAGCACACAGGUGGGAUGUGCAGCACGAGUGCUCUCUGCUCCUCACAGAGAGGUGAUGGUGACGAUUCCUGAGGUCCAGCGGACGUCUGAUCAUGAAUAUGAUUCCACCGUGAUAAUUGUAUCAGCUGUAGUACUGGUGUUGGUCCUUGGUUGUGUAAUUCUGCUCGUCACUGUUCGUCUUAAAGAAAAAGACAAGCAGAGGGACCAUGAGAAGAGCAAAACACCACAAAAGUCAACCAAUAAGAUGGACGGGAACCAAACACCUUUAAUCAAGAUGGAGAGCGAGGAGAUAAGACAACGAACACCAAAUAACAACAGCCCAACAAAUGAUCCCAUAAAACCACCAUCACGAGCAGCAAGAAAACUUGAGCUGUAAAUAAAUAUUUACUCAUAUAUGCUUAGAAGUAUAUAAUCAUGUGUAGAUUGAAAGAAUGUCUCAUCCUAGGAGGUCUGUAACAACUCUGUGUAGCAUGAAGAGGGGGGUGCGUUCACUCCUCUACAGAGGGUUCUGGCAUAGGUCACACACCUCCUAGGAGAGGUCGUAUCUUCUCUUGCUGAUAUAUGGUUUAGCAAACACAUGUAUAUCUGUAUGAGUGUAAGAGCCUUUUGUGUGACCUAAUUAUUUGUCAUGUCACAUUUUUUAUUCUAUUUGAAGCACAACUGUAUUAAAUUGUAUUGAUUAACAGCAGCAACAUGUUGUAACAGUAGAGAGCUGUUGCUCGUUAAAACGAGUGCUGCAGCAUUUUUAUCAGGAUGAGUUUUGGACUUUGGUCGUUGCAAAUUUGAUUAUUUUCUUUUUCUGGCAUUUCGCUGAGAUUUGCUGCUGUGCUUGGGAUUGUUAUGCUGCUGCAAGAACUUUAUGUAAAAUUUUAAUUCUUUUUUUUCAAGUAUUUUCAAGUAUUUCGCACCUUAAGUGAACAUUGUUGUGGACUACAUUUUUUAUUAGCACUUUUUAAUAUUUUUGUUAUCUUCUUUUGAACACCACACUAAAAAACUGCAUUACUGUAACUUUCUAUUUUUACAUUGACAAUGAAGCUGUUGAAUCUUGAACUGUGUGUUGACACAUAUUUGUUUAGUGUAGGUUUUUAUUGUAAUGGUUGAAGCACUUUUAACAUUUUAAUUUCAAAAUCAUUGAUUAUGAUAAAUGAUCACACAGCAGUCUUAAUGUUUGGGUUUCUUUUUCUAGGUUUGGAUGAAAAAUCUGGAUCUAUCACCAGAGAGUUUAGUAUGUUUGCUUUCACAUAUUUAUAAAUUCCUGUUCAGUCUGUUUUACCUUUAUAGUGCUUGACUUUAUUACAUCUU